AUGGAUAUGAUAGGCACCGAUGUGGCCACUCAGUCCGCAAUAAACAUUGUCGAACAGCAUGUCUUCUUCCGACCCAAAGAUGGCCAGGGCUGGCAGUCCAAGCCCGAACUUCCCACUGCACAGGAGAUCCUGAAGGCGCAGUCCGAGGUUGAAGAGCUCCAACAUAACCCGGUAGAUGUCCCCCUGGUCGUCCAAAGAUCACUACCUGGCAGCGCAGUAUAUGUCAAGCAAUACAUCAUGACAACCAUCGGCCGGCUAGUCAGAGUGUCGUUCUCCACGGAACGGUCGCAGUUCCGGAUACAGUGGCAGCAGUCAAAGCGGUUUCAGCCAGGCAAAAUUGUGGCUCUCUCCCCAAAGAGCGACAACUUCAGAACCAUCUGCAAAAUCGCAACCGUUGCGCAGCGCCCCUACCAUGACGGCCUCGACCAAGACCCACCGCUUGUCGAUCUCCAGUGGGCGAAGCCCGAGGACGCGGUGCUAGACCCGACUCUGGAAAUGGUUAUGGUCGAGUCUCUGCACGGAUAUUUUGAGUCGGCCCGCCAUGCAUUGAUCGGAUUGCAACAUGCCGCCCGGACUGACUCGCCGAUUGACAAGUAUCUCACCGGCGCCUGUGAUGAAGACAACUACCCUGUAUUCCUCAAGGAGGAACCAAUCAUGGACAUCUCUAUACUCGCCAGCCGCGCCACCUCUGAUGACGCCGACAUUGCCGACGAGCUGAGCGCAUACGACAUCGUCCAUAGCGGGCCGCCAAACUUGAAGGAUCUUACCUUCCUUGACGAAUCCCAGCUUCUUGGUCUACAUCGCAUCAUCUCAAAGGAGCUCGUGAUUGUUCAAGGUCCGCCGGGAACCGGGAAAACGUACACGUCGGUGGAGGCACUCAAAAUCUUGGUGGCGAACAGAAGACGGCGCCGGGGACCGCCUAUCCUCGUCGCGGCCCAGACGAACCAUGCAUUAGAUCAACUCCUCACACAUUGCAUCAACGCCAGUGCCACCGUCCUCCGCAUGGGAGGGAGAACCCAGAGCGAAGUGAUCAAGCCUUAUACUUUGUUUGAGCUGCGCCACCGGUGUCAAAUCGCCGCUGAGCGGAAGCGCCGCUUGGCUGAUCAGGAGCGACAGGCAAACACGAAAAGGAUCCAGGAACUCGUCAACAGUCUUUCCAGCAACGGGUUGUUGAACCCCAAGGCGCUACUCGAGUUUGGCAUCAUCAGCCCUGCUCAGUAUGAGUUCCUUGGCGAUGAACAAAUGGAAACCCAUGAAGUUGUCACGCAUCAUGGUCCCUUCACACUCUGGCUCGGAAACAGUCUCAUUCGUGCCGAAAUCCGCCAGGAGCUCCAUCCGACACAGCUGGAACUCAAUGAGGCAGAGGUUCGCAAGAAUCUCCCAGAGUUCGAGUGCGAAGAUGAUGACCUGGAGGAUAUCGCCGACGACGAAGAAGACUAA